AUUUACAAGUUUCACAGUUGUCAUCUAUGUAGGUAUUUGUUUAAAAUAUUUAUUCGCGGUUUUCUUUACCACACAAAUAAUUUUACUAUCGUCCGAAGUAUUUGGUAAUACAGCAAAUUUAGUUGCAUGAUACACAGUACCAGGCGAAUACAUUUUUUGUUGCUAUGACACCCUGUAUAUCUGUUUUCCCGCGUUACUCGGUACGAGGGCCUUGCACAUUAAUGCACAAUCCGCAAAAUGUUGAAGAAACGUAUUGACGGGCGGCGUUUAGCACAAAAUGUUGGAGAACAAGUAAUAUUACUUGGAACUAUCGGGAAAAAGUCCUCAAACGGUAGGAAUAUGGAAUUAAGGACAACCGAUGGUGUAUCAGUUAAUGUAACUUUACCAGAACCUAUCGAUGGAAAUGCUGAAGGAUACGUAGAACUUCAUGGUACGUUAAACUCAAAGUCCACAAUGGCAUGUAGCAACUAUAUAUUAUUACCACCAAGUAUGACAGAGAAAUUUGACACUACUCAGUACAAUGAAUUUAUGGUUACAUUGAAUGUAUUGGGACCAGAAAAAUGGAUGAUGUUAGAAGACGUCACAGGAAUAUAAAUCAUUAUUAAUAUACAUUUUGUAAACUUCUUGUAUGUAUGUAAUAGUUCU